GGAGUAGCUGAAGACGAAAAACGUGCCUACGCUGGAAACAGCAAGGAGACAGGCAUAUUCCAAGGCUACAAACCGAGACAGUACUGGCACAUUGAUGCAGGCGUGCUCGACCAACAAGAACACUAUAACUGUUCGCGCAUACUCAAUUAUACCAGAGAAAAUCUAACGCCCUUUAACUAGGCAACCGCCACGUCCAUAGCCUGAUGCACCCACAAGCACUCAGACCGUUCCUUCCUGAUAUCGAUGCCUUUGUGCACCAUAACCACCACAAUAUUCUCCAUGAGAUUUGCAGACUCAUGGCAUUGAGCCUUGAACUUCCUGAAGACACAUUUGUUAAAUUGCACGACUUUGAUGCACCCGGAGUAUCAUAUAUGAGGUUUAUGAAAUACUUCCCUAGGUCAGAAGAAGAUGAAGUCCGGACAAAAAAUGUUUGGAUGAAAGGACACACAGAUAUCGGAAGCAUCACUCUACUUUGGAGUCAGCCUGUUGCUGCCUUACAGAUCCAGACGAAGGAGGGCUGGCGCUGGGUCAAGCACAUCGAUAAUGCUUUGCUGGUCAAUGUCGGUGACUCGAUUGAGUUCCUCACAGGAGGCUUCUACAAGGGGACUAUCCAUCGAGUUGUGCAACCUCCGAUUGAUCAACGUGGCUACACGCGACUAAGCAUCCUCUAUUUCGCCUACCUGAAUGAUAAUGUCACGCUUGUACCCCUGAAGGGCAGUCCAGUACUUGACAAGGCUGGGAUUGAGCGUAAAUGUGAAGACGAUGUAGCUCCUACGAUGGAGGCCUGGAGAGUCGCAAGAAUUAGUGCAUAUGGCGCAAGCGAUCUACAGAAGAGCAAAGAGCCUGGCAUCGAGGAAGAGGUUUUGAAUGGUAUUGUUGUCAAGCACUACAACUAGUUUGUAUUAGAAAUUGGAUCUGCCUUAACACAUUACUUUCGUCUUAGAGGCUUAUGCGGCACUUCGAAGCUAGGAUUUUUCCGAAUGCGCAUCAAGAUUGACGCAAUGCACCUUAAUAA